CCGGAAUCUAGAUUAGUGAAAUAAGACACCUAGCGAAGACUCUUUUGGAAAACAAGAAAGGAUGGGGAUUGCCGACCUGGAAGAAUUACGAUCAAUCGUCAACUCGACGAUCAACGAUUCUAAUCAACACCUGAAGAAAGACAUUAACCAAGCAUUACAUGAGCACCCAGAGACCGCAUAUGAAGAAAAGUUCGCGCAUGAUACAAUCACGAAGUUUCUCGAAGACCGAGGAUUCGUCGUGAAGCGCAGCACACAUGGCUUGGCGACGAGUUUCGAGGCCGAAAUCGGCUCCUCUGGACGUCUUGUGGUUAUCUGCGCAGAGUACGAUGCCCUUCCACAGAUCGGACAUGCGUGCGGUCAUAAUCUAAUCGCGACGUCGUCUAUCGCUACUUUCCUCGGGGCGGCGGCGGCUUUGAAGCAGAGCGGUGCUUUCGGACGACUCCGCUUGCUCGGAACGCCGGCCGAAGAGGGCGGGGGUGGUAAGGCGAAGUUGAUUGAUGCCGGGGCUUUUGGUGAUGUCUCGGCUGCUAUUAUGGCUCACCCGAUGCCCCAAAACCAACUCUCCGACGAGUCAAACAAUUGGUCUGGUCUCGCAGCGAUGAAGAUGAUUGCAAGUCAUAAAUUUCGGACCGAAUUUCGUGGGAAGACCGCGCACGCCGCCAACGAACCUUGGAAUGGCGUCAAUGCUCUGGACGCUGCUGUCGCAGCAUAUAGUAGUAUAGGACUACUUCGGCAGCAAAUCAAACCAGAUGAACGAAUCCACUCCGUCAUCGAGGUCGGAGGCACAGUACCGAACGUCAUUCCGGACUACACCCGCAUGAACUGGAACGUUCGUAGUCCAACUAUCGCCGGGGCUGAUAAGUUACUUUCACGCGUCAAGGCAAACAUACAAGCAGCUGCGGCGGCGACGGGCUGCGAAUUAAACUACAUCACUGCGCCGACAUACUCCAAUAUGAUAGCGAAUAAGUCUCUGUGCAGUAUAUACGUAGACGAGAUGUCGCUCAUCGGAGAGAAAGUCCUCUUGUGGCGAGAAAAGCCCAUAACCGCGUCGACUGAUAUGGGAAACGUUUCCCAAACCGUGCCCAGCUUCCACGGAGCAUUCGGGAUCCCGGCGGCUCCGGAUAUCGCUCUGCAUAACCCCGGGUUUGCCGCAGCGGCUAGCACAGACGAAGCCCAUGAGGCAUGUAUUAAGUGUGCGAAGGGUAUGGCGAUGCUUGCGAUUCGGGUACUUCUCGACGAUGAACUUGCUGUUGACGCUAGAGGGGAUUUUGAACAUAACCAAGGAUGGUGAGAUUUGGUGUAGGCCGUAUUGAGGUAGCCAUAAGCUCUGCUCCCUGAAACGCUUUCGGGUGUGCCAGCGAGGUGGAAGUUGGAAAAAGGGUUGGCGUCAAUUAUGCCGCCCACAUCGUUCAAAAUCACUUAAGUACAAAAUAAAC